GGGCCUGUAACUGACUAGAUGUGGGCGGGGCUCUUCCCCUCCGAGGUCAGUUUCCACUUCUGAAAUGCUGGAGGAGGACCUCGCAGUCAAGCGUGGCUCCAGUCCCAGGACCCAAAGGAAGGGCACCCAGGGGUGCUGGAGCAGAGUCCUGCUGGCUCACUGGGGAGCUUCGGUUCCCUGAUUUGUAAAAUGGAAAAACUUCCAAAGGCCCCUCUCUGGGGUUCCCCCCCACCUACAUCUUAGGCUUCCAAAGCAGAGAAGCAGUUGAGGUGUCCAGGAUCACCCAGCUAGGAAGUGUCUGAGGCCAGAUUUGAACCCAGGACCUCCCAUCCUUAGGCCUGGCUCUCCACCCACUGAGCCACCCAGCUGCCCCCUCCCUGUGAAUGCUUUACUGGAGACAGUCGAGGGGAAAGUCAGAAUAAGCCCGCUAUGGAUAUCCGGAGCCCGGGGACAGAGCCAAGCUGCUUCUUCUCUCUACAAUGGGAGCCGCACUACCCCGGCAGCCUCCUUCUGGAGACUGCUGGGAGGAAAGAGCUCCGAGACCGAAUAAAGUUCAACACCUUAGACGGCCUCGAGGGCCACUGAACCAAGCCCUCAUUCGACAGAUGAGGAAACUGAGGCCCCAGAAGUGAAGUGACCUACCCAAGGUCACAACAAGCAGGAAAUGGCAAAGCCACCAUCAAGCUCCGCCUGAGAGCCCGGGAAGGGAAGAGACUUGCCCAAGGUCACCAGUCAGCAGGGAGAUGGAACCAAGUCAAAGUCAGUGGCAGCCAGCUGAGCUCUCUCACUCUCACUGGGGCGUCGGUGUUGUUCCCAGCCCUGCCCUGCCCUGCCCGGCCCUGCCUGCUGCUGCCUGCCCAGCCCAGCCCUGUCCUGCCCAGCCCUGCGCUGCGCCGCGCUGCUGCCUCCUCUCGGGGCACUCCCGCUGCUGCUGUGGGCGCUGCGUCGCAGGCUGUGACCGCCGCCUCCCGCCUCCCGCCUCUCCCGUUACCGUGGCAACCCCCAGGAGCCUUCCAGCAGGGCUGCGGCGGCGGCGGCGCGGCGCGGCGGCGGCGGCGGCGGCAGCUUCGCGAGCAGGGGCAGCAGCGGCAGCAGCGGCAGCAGCUCGGGGUCCAGCUAGCGCGCUGCGCCCUCCCUGGCGCCCUCCCUAGCUCCCCAGCUCCCCGCAGCCCGGGCCCCUCAUGGAGUUGCUGGCCGCCGCCUUCAGUGCUGCUUGCGCUGUGGACCAUGAGGGCUCCUCCUCCGAGAGCGACCCCCGGGAGCCGGCGGCGGCGGGACACCUGGCCGGCAGCGAGUCUCCGUCCACCCCUGGCACCGUGGCUACCCCGGACGAGUACCCCGCCCUGGCCGCGGACAGCCCGGCCACGCUCACGGAGGCCCUGAAGAUGAUCCACCCCAUCCCCGCGGACUCGUGGAAGAUUUUCAUCGAGCAGAUCGGGCUCUUGUACCAGGAGUACCGCGAUAAGUCCACGCUGCGAGAGAUCGAGACCCGCCGACUGCAGGACGCGGAGGUCCAAGCGCACACGGACGAGUCCCCCACCAGUGAGGAGACCCCAACGGAGGAGGAGGAGGAAGAGGAAGAGGAGGGGGAGGCGGCCAACUCCAGCACUAAGAAGGCUCUGCCCCAGAUCUGCCUCCUCAAUAAUGCCAACUCCAGGUUCAACCUGUGGCAGGACCUCCCCGAAAUCAGGAGCAGUGGAGUCCUGGACAUCCUCCAGCCUGAUGAAAUCCGGCUCCAGGAGGCCAUGUUCGAACUCGUCACCUCCGAAGCCUCCUACUACAAAAGCUUGAGCCUGCUGGUGUCCCACUUUAUGGACAACGAGCGCCUGAAGAAGAUCCUGCAUCCUUCCGAGUCUCACAUCCUCUUCUCCAACGUCUUGGACGUCAUGGCCGUGAGCGAGCGGUUCCUCUUAGAGCUGGAGCACCGCAUGGAAGAGAACAUCGUGAUCUCGGACGUGUGUGACAUCGUCUACCAGCACGCUGCCAAUCACUUCUCUGUCUACAUCACCUACGUCUCCAACCAGACCUAUCAGGAGAGAGCUUACAAGCAGCUUCUGCAGGAGAAGGCUGCUUUCCGGGAAGUGAUCUCCCAGCUGGAGCUGGACCCCAAGUGCAAGGGGCUGCCCUUCUCCUCCUUCCUGAUUCUGCCCUUUCAGAGGAUCACGCGACUGAAGCUGCUGGUCCAGAACAUUCUAAAGCGGGUGGAAGAGAGCUCGGAGCGGGAGUGCACCGCGCUGGACGCCCACAAGGAGCUGGAAAUGGUGGUCAAAGCCUGCAAUGAAGGUGUCAGGAAGAUGAGCCGGACAGAACAAAUGAUUAGUAUCCAGAAGAAGAUGGAAUUUAAGAUCAAGUCUGUGCCCAUCAUCUCGCACUCCCGCUGGCUGCUGAAGCAGGGGGAGCUCCAGCAGAUGUCGGGCCCCAAGACGUCCCGGACCCUCCGCACCAAAAAGCUCUUCAGAGAAAUCUAUCUCUUCCUCUUCAACGACCUGCUGGUCAUCUGCAGACAGAUUCCCGGGGACAAGUACCAGGUGUUUGACUCGGCUCCCCGCGGCCUCCUCCGGGUGGAGGAACUGGAGGACCAGGGGCAGACUUUGGCCAACGUCUUCAUCCUGAGGCUGCUCGAGAACGCCGAUGACCGGGAGGCCACCUACAUGCUGAAGGCCUCGUCCCAGAGCGAGAUGAAGCGCUGGAUGACCUCUCUGGCCCCGAAUCGGAGAACCAAGUUUGUGUCCUUCACGUCCAGGCUGCUGGACUGUCCGCAGGUCCAGUGCGUCCAUCCCUACGUUGCCCAGCAGCCCGACGAGCUGUCCUUGGAGCUGGCCGACAUCCUGAACAUCCUCGAAAAGACUGAAGAUGGCUGGAUUUUUGGGGAGCGCCUUCAUGACCAAGAGAGAGGCUGGUUCCCGAGCGCCAUGGCGGAGGAGAUCCUGAACCCCAAGAUCCGCUCCCAGAACCUCAAGGAGUGUUUCCGGGUCCACAAGAUGGACGACACCCAACGCAGCCAAAACAAAGACCGCAGGAAGCUGGGCAGCCGCAACCGGCAGUGACAGUAGGAAGCAGGCCACGAGCAGGACCGGGAAGGUGCGGGAGGAAGAUGGCGGCCGGAGGGGGGGCCCGGCUGCGCCCAGGAGCCCCACCCGCCCCCGUGGGGGAGGGGUCGCCCCCCAGCCCCGCCUCGCCGCUUCCCGCCCGUCUUCCCUUUCCUACGUGUGAGCACCCUUUCACUGCAUGGGCAUGAGGGGACCCCGACGCCCCGAGCACCCCCUGCCCCCCGGACCCCCAGCCACUGACUAGGGGAGCCCCCGGCUGCCCACUUCCAGAACCAGAGAAUCCUGCUGUGCAAAGCAGACUCUAAUAGAGGAAAAGCAUGGCCUGGUGGGGCGGGAAAGGGGAGCCAUUAACGCCCCCCCCCCAGGGAGCGCCAGGGGCGGGGAUGGGGGCCCUCCAGGCGUCCCACCCAGCAUGCCGCCCCCCUUCUCAGCUGCUUGUGAUGCAGAGAAACCCCCCCGGACGGCAGGCGGGUCCUCGGGCCCAAGCGGGGCUCCCAAAGGAACUCAGGAGGGUCUGGCCGGAGGCUCUUCGGGGACCCCCCCGGCUGCCCCCCCAACCAAAGCGCCCAGCCCGGGAUCAGAGGAGACAGCAGGGCGUGACGUGGGCUGGCAUGACCGCACGCAUGUUCUGCCGCACCCUCGGGGGCUCCCGCCUCUCCCGCCCUCCGUGUCUCCGUGAAACGGCUUUUUUGGUUUCAUAAAAUACAUUCCACGUGGUGA